AUGCUGGCUCGAAAGAUUGUAACAUAUGGGCCUCUGAGGAAGGCAUUAAAUGAAAGGUUGAAAGCAAGCCAAGCUCAUAACUCAGAUUCCAGUUCUGAUUCUGAAUCCUAUCAAUCCGCUACUGAGGGGGAAGGACAUGGGUCUUCUGACUCUGAAAAGACCCAAGAAUCCCUUUCUAAGGUAGGUUCAUCUGUGACUGAAAACUUAGAGACUAGGUUUGUUUUGGUUGGACCCAUUAGGGAUGUAGAAUUGCCUGAGAAACGAAGGAGUGGAGCCAAGGAUGCUGAAAUAGCUAGGCUCAAGGCUCGCGUGGUUAAAGUGGAAACUGAGAGGGAUGGUGAUGUGGGUGAGAGGAAUUUUGAGAUUGAGCAUCGUGUUUUUAGGGAAUGGGAGGAGAGAAUGCUGGAAGACAAUGACUUGACUGGCAUUGUCCCAAGGACAUUACGUUCUUUGAAAAAACUUCAACAGUUUUCACUUGGAGCAAACAGAAUAAGUGGUCCUUUCCCAAAUGGUUUGUGUGAGCUAUCCAACUUGGGUUUGUUAAAUCUUUCACAAAAUCAAAUGCAGGGAAAUAUUCCUAGUUGCUUGGGGAAUGUGACUUCCCUAAGGGAGAUUUAUCUUGAUUCCAACAACUUCACCGAUGGCAUACCUUCAAGUCUGUGGAACCUCAAAGACAUCUUGAAGCUGAACUUGUCUUCUAAUAUCUUCAAUGGCUCUUUACCACUUGAAGUUGGAAACCUCAAGGCUGCAAUAAUUCUGGAUCUUUCCUGGAACCAAAUCUCAGGCAACAUUCCUAAAACAAUAGGAAGUCUACAGAAAUUGACUCAACUGUCUUGGCUCAUAACAGGAUUGAAGGAUCUACUCCUGAGACAUUUGGAGAACUGA